AUGUCUGAUAACGAAAAUCAACCAAAGGAAGAAAAGCCAGAUAACACUCAUAUUAACUUGAAAGUCUCUGACGGAUCAGCUGAAAUCUUUUUCAAGAUUAAGAGGUCUACCCCCAUGAGAAGAUUGAUGGAAGCUUUCUGUAAGAGACAAGGUAAAACCAUGGAUACAUUAAGAUUUUUAAUUGACGGUGCUAGAGUUGGCCCAGACAAUACUCCAGAUGAUUUGGAUUUGGAAGACGGUGAUGUUAUCGAAGCACAUCGUGAGCAAGUAGGAGGGUGUUAG